AUGGCUGAGUCAAAUAUUUCAGUAGCUCAGGACAAGUUUACCUGUUCAGUCUGUCUGGACACACUGAAGGAUCCAGUAACUACAUCAUGUGGACACAGUUUCUGUAUAGUGUGUAUCAAUAAACACUGGGAUCAGGAGGAUGAUAAAGGAACAUACAGCUGUCCACAGUGUAAAGAAACCUUCACUUCAAGACCUGCUGUGAGUGAAAACACCAUUCUAGCUGGAGUUGUGGAGAAACUGAAGAAGAAAAAAACCCAAGUUGCACUUUCUAUUGGACCUGAAGAUGUGGAGUGUGAUUUCUGUACUGGGAGAAAAUACAAAGCUGUUAAAUCCUGUCUGGUGUGUUUGGCCUCUUACUGUGAAACUCACCUCCAGCCUCACUAUGAAUCUCCUGCUUUUAAGAAGCACAAGCUGGUUAAAGCCUCCAGACGACUCCAGGAUCAGAUCUGCUCUCAGCAUGAUAAACUGCUGGAGGUUUACUGUCGUACUGAUCAGCAGUGUAUCUGCCUGUUGUGCACCAUGGAUGAUCAUAAAGGACAUGAUACAAUAUCAGCUGAAGGAGAAAGAGCUGAAAAACAGAAGCAGCUGCUGGAGAUCCAGAGAAAAUUCCAGGAGAAAAUCCAGAACAGAGAGAAGGAACUUAAUGAGCUGAUAAUUGCUGUGGAGUCUCACAAAUGUUCUGCACAGACAUCAGUAAAGAACAUUGAGAGGAUCUGUACUAAACUAAUUAACUUAAUUAGGAGAAGAUGCUCUGAGGUGAAAGAACUGAUCAGUGAUCGAGAGAAAGCUGAAGUGAGUGAAGCUGAAAAAGUCCUGAAGCAGCUGGAGGAGGAAAUUGUAGAUCUGAAGAAGAAAGAUGCUGAACUGGAGCAGCUUUCACACACAGAGGAUCCCAUCCAUUUCCUCCAGAGUUUUCAGUCUCUCUCGACUCCUGCUGGAUCUGCAGAAUCACCCGCCAUCACAAUCAAUCCUUUCCUCUCAUUUGAUGAAGUUACAGAGUCUGUAUCUCAGCUGAAAGAGAAAGUAGAAGAAUUCUGGAAAGAGCAGUUUGAGAAGAUACCAGAUGAAGUGACUUACAUCCAGAUUAUUUCACCUCCUGAACCUAAAACCAGAGAAGAUUUUCUACAGUAUUUCUGUCGGUUCACACUGGAUCUAAACACAGUAAAUAAACACCUCCAUCUGUCUGAGGAGAACAAAGUAGCGACAUGGAGUGAAAGAUUACAGUGGUAUCCUGAUCAUCCAGAUAGAUUUGAUUGUUACACUCAGGUUCUGUGUAGAGAGAGUGUGAGUGGACGCUGUUACUGGGAGGUUGAGUGGAGUGGGGAUGGUGGGGUUUAUAUAGCAGUGUCAUAUAAAAGCAUCAGCAGGAAGGGACGUGGUAAUGAGUGUGUGUUUGGAGGUAAUAAUCAGUCCUGGAGGUUAGAGUGUUCUCCAUCCACCUUUUUCUUCUGGCACAAACGCAAAACAACUGAAAUUCCCACAAUGCGGAGUUCCUCUAGAAUAGGAGUGUAUGUGGAUUACAGAGCAGGAACUCUGUCCUUCUACAGCGUCUCUGAUACAAUGAAGCUCCUCCACAGAGUUCAGACCAAGUUUACUCAGCCCCUCUACCCGGGGUUUGGAGUUUAUUAUGGAUCAACAGUGAAAUUGUCAGAUUCAACAAAUUAAAUGUAAAAUUUACAUGAAAGUGUAACAUUAAACUGUUUGUGUGAUUUUAGAAUCUUGUGUGAGGCAGUGAUACAUUUAUGAAGAUUUUCUUUUAAAAUGAAACAUUUGAACAUUUUUAAAUGUAUUACAAACCAUUUAUUCAGUGCCUGAUUUCUUCUUGUUUUGAAUAUUAAAUGGCUUCAGAUCUGAAAAAGGCUGCAGAUCUCUUGGGUUUAAACCUCACAUCUGCCCACUGUUUGCAAAAGGUUUGGUAUGUUCUCUAUGUGUUCACAUGAGUUUCUUUCUGUACUCUGGUUCCUCCCACCUCCUAAAAGCCAGCAAGUUAUUUGGCAGCUCUAUACUGCUCCUGUAUGAGUAAAUAAAUCUGUUGGUGUUUGCCUGUUAUUAUUUGGUACCCUGUCAUGGGUGUAUUAUUGCAUUAAGCCUGUUUUCUUUUUAGGUGGACCCUGGACCCACCAAGACCCUGAUUAGGAAGGAGCAGCGAACAUUAAUAAAUGAUUGAAUGAUUUUCUUGAAAUUACUGAAAUGAUUACUACAUAUAUUCAUUUAAAUGUGAUGUUGUUUGUUAAUGUUUACAGAUUCAAUGUUUACUUCAUCCUGGUCAGGGUCGUGGUGGGUCAGGUAAUGAUGGCUGUUUGUCAUUUAAUUAAAUGAUAAAUUUGAUGUUUUGUAUUUUAAUUUAUGUUUUCACUUUUAUUGUUCCUGGGGAGAAAAAUAAUCAGAAUAAAAUUUUAACACUCAUUUAUUUUAUGUUGUGUGG